GAAUGUUUAAUUCAUGGUGAAUGCUGAUAUUGCCGAUUACAAAUAUUACAAUACCUAUAAUUUAUAAUUCUUUUUCUCGUAUUUAGAUUAUUAUAAAAUACUGUAGAGAAUCAUAAUACUCAACUCAACUACGUACUCAAAACUACAAUCUGAGGAAGGUAUCUUCAGUACAAAAACUCUAGCUACAAAUUACAAAUGGACCUUGAAGAAGACUCUGAUAGCAAUAUUAGCAUUACUUCUAGCAAUAUUAGCAUUACUUCUAGUAAUACAUCUUCUGAUUCUGAUACUGAUCGCUCUGAUUUCGCCGAGGCGUUUUCACCAAAAUCUCAACCAUUAGAUAGCAAGGUAAACAAAUCAGGAAUGAGAGAUACUAAAAAAAGAAGAAAUUCUGGCUGCUCUGACUCUUCUGAAGAUGCUGCUAAGAAACGACCUCUAUUAACUAAUGUGAAUCCUUUGAAUCCCACAAUAACAGUCCAAGAUAUUCAUGUUGCUGAGGCCCCAUUUCGUUCAGAAGUAACAUUCACUUUUAUAAUAAAGGAUUUUAUCAAAAAGCUUUCUACACCAAAUAAUGGACUUCUCACUAAUCUAUUCUAUGUGAGAAAUUUGGCAUGGAGGUUGAAUUUGCAGCACUAUUUUUCCCCAACCCGUCAAGUUGAUUCUUUUGGGUAUUAUAUUAGAUGCAGUGGGCAUGAUGGCUCACCAGAAUGGUCUUGUCGUGCUGUUGUUGAAUUACGUAUCCUUCCCUUUGGCCGUGAAAUUUUUUCCAGAAGACUGGAACAUGAAUUUUCCUCUGUUGAAGACACUGCAGGAUUUUCCAAUUAUUUGGAUUGGAAGGAUAUACAAGAUCCAGCAAAAAAGUUCAUAGAAGAUGAUGUUUUGACAGUUCAAAUAUAUAUUGCAGCUGAUGAACCAAAAAAUGUUUCCUUCAAGAUUAUAGAGUGUUCUACAAGAUCUACUCCAGAUGUGGCGAUAAUCGACCCAGAUAAAAGAAAACCCGAACCGAAAAUGGUACACAUCCUGCCAGACGAGAUGUUGGAAACUCUGGUGUGUGUGGAUUGCCAAAAAUAUUUGUCAGUGAAACCAGUAAUGAUUCAAGCAGGAGGGGAGAUUAUAUGUGGCAGAUGCUCCGAGUACUAUGAUGACGGUGUUAUUUCCCUAUUUGGAAUAAUGGCAGAUCAUUGUCUCUUCAGGUGCGUCAACAGAUAUGACGGUUGUCAAGAACUUUUAACGUAUCAAGAAGUUGAAGAACAUGAAACCGAGUGUAAAGGUAGAGAGACCACUUGUCCACUUUGUGAAAGAACAGUAAUAAUACCAACUUAUAAAAUUAUCAAGCAUUUUGAAACUAAUCACAAAGACAAUGUCUUAGAUGCACCGUGUUUUGAGAUAGACUUGAUCAGUUCAUUGAGAAUAUCCAAGCUUUUUCUUUACAAAGAGAAGAACAGCAUAUUUUUUAUCACUUUCGGGACAUCGGGAACUUGUUUGAUUCUGAACACUUAUUUGUUGGGCUUGCCUAGAGAAGCAAAGAUGCAUUUCCAAAAGUACACUGUGAGUCAUGCAAAUUGGGAGAUUUCUACAGAGGAAAAAGCAUGUUUGGCCUUUGACUCAAUGGAUGAAGGUGGAUUCUCCUUACCGUUAACAAAGCCGCUACAAAAUAAAACACUUAUUAACGUAAAAUUGCAACUAAACUCUGCAAAAUACACGGAGAUAGUGAAAAUCCCACAUUCCCUCACUAUUCAACCUGAACAAAAUACAAAAAAUGAACAGCAUCAUAUCAAUUCAGUAAUUGAGAAUAUCAGUACUGGACGAAAUAUAUUCCUCAGUGACAAGUUCCUCAAGUCAUUCAAAGAAUUGUCUAUAGGAUUGGAUUUAGUUUCUUUGAGGAUGGAAACUGAAAAUGGUUCAGUAAAUAUCAAACUCUCAUGCUAUAAUUGUUCUAUGUUGGAAUACUCCGUUAUUUCCAAUGAUAUUGAUAAAAUUUUCCUCAUUAAAGAACAGACUUAUGAACCAACCUAUCAUUUACUUUGUUAUCUGUGUCACGUAUAUGUCACCAAGAAGAACAUUAAAUUAGAAAGUAACUGGGAUUUGUUGAAGGCUUCAGUUGCCAAACAAAUUCAUUACUUCUGUUCUUGGAAAUGUGGUAAAUAUUACAAUUUUUCUUAUGUAAAUACACAUGAAUUAUUAUGUGAGAACCAUCCUAGGAGGAAAUAUACUCAACAAUACUUAACGAAUAGAUUUGAUGAUUGGGACAUCUCUCCCAAAUCAACCAUACAAAUAAAGAUGUCUAUUGAAAAAUCACCAAUAAAAAUUCGUGUAUGCGUGUCCAGCACUUUUGUUCGCCUGGAAUUCAAGUGGAAACAGCCGCAUUGGGAAAUUAGCAUUUCAUUAGAAGAUGAGAAUAUGCCUUCUUUCCAACCAAGAGCACUAGUUUUCAACUUUCAAAAUGAAUUUCUAGAGUUGGUGGAAAAACAGAGCACACUUUAUCACCGGGAAAUUUUUAAAGUCAAGUGCUACUUGAAAAGUUCCUUGAACACGCCAACUUGGGAGGAAGAAACAAGUGGUCCUGCUGGACCUAAAGUAGCUUUGGUCGAAUGGGAUCAACAUGCCUUCUACACUGUGGGAGUUUCUGGUGUAUGAAAAUUUCGUCAAUUCGGCGGUGGUGAUUAUUAAAACUCAGUCAUUAUAAGAGAUACGAGGUCUGAAUUUAUAAUUUUCGUUUUUAUUUUUUCAAGCGGAAACCAAAAGACCUAGAUGUUUCUGACUGGGACAUUCUCAAGGCACUUUUUUACAAGGCAUCUGAAUCUGUCAUUGUAUUUUCCAUGACGUUCUUGAUGCCAAAGUUAUAACACACAACUUUGUUUUUUCUUAUGGGCGCCAUAUAGGAUUUUUACUUUUCUGAAAAGUCUAUUUUUUUGUUGAUGAUUACAAUGAUGUCGAGCUCAUCUACUUAAAAACUAUGGUUUUGAAUUAGGAACGAGGCAAUGAGCUAGAAGUUUAUUCUUAGCAACACAAAACAAAGUCUAAACACAAUUCUACGCGUUUCCUUAGAUUCUGAAUUGCUUGCGAGAUGUCCCGUCUUCUUAUCUUAGUCCUGAAAGUGGUGAUUAUGGGUCUUCUCAGCUCAUCAAUAUCGAUCGGUACAGUUUUGAAAAUCAAAUCUUUCAAAGUUCCCAAUAAAUAAUAAUCCAGCGAAGAGAGAGCAGGUGACCGCGCUGGCCAACUUAUGUCUCCGUUGUUGGGAACAUAUCUGACAGACACUCGGCAACCCUUCUUGCGUUAUGUGGAUAAGAUUAAGAAUUCAAUAGUUCUGAUCGCAUAUUCAAUUGAACUCAGUUUGUUGAAUAAAACUGUUAGCGUUCCUUCCAAAGCACUCUUCGCAAAACUGUUUUUUUUGUCAAUUUUGAUCAACAGGAAAGAUUCGAUCAUAUCGUGUGAUACAUCAUUGUAAUCAG